GGUUCUGUAUCUUGUUAUACUGAAAUAAAAUUCUCACAACAACGCAUUAUUAGAUCUCAUCAUUGUCAACAAUCAACAAGAUGUCUGCUAUUUAUUUUGUUAGUUUUUUAGUCAUUAUUUCGAUCAGUGGCAUUCAGUCUGCAGAUUUCAGUAAUUGUCAGGCUGAAUGUGUCUAUGUCAACGUCAGCACUGGAGCCAUCAACCUACCUGCUGAAUCUGGAAAAAAUUGCUGUUGGAUCUUGCAGCCGGAACCACUUGCAAAAGACAGAGUUGAAGCCUUUUUGUUCCUGCAGACUAUCAAGUUUGAAAGCGGCGAUUCUCUGGCCAUAUCUUCAAUUGAUGAUAAAAAUAAGACCUCACCACUUGUUAACAUAACAGAUUCCGUUUCCAACAAUUUAUUUUUUACUGGUACCAAGAAUAGCCUUAUUUUCCAGUUGAUCACAAGUGCUGUUAACUCAUCAACAAGGAGUUUCCAUUUAUUUCUGGAAAUUAAAGAAAAUAAGGCUCCUAUACCAAUUCUAGACGACACAGUUUUGAAGCUACUACCUGUUGCAGGUAAACCUGAUGUCCUGAAGGCAGAUUGGACAUUGAAGUUGGCCCUUUCUGCAAACCAAAAUAAGAAAAAAAUUGCUGCUAGCAUUGACGCAAUAUCUGCAGACAUUGUUGUAAAAUUUAACAAAGAUUGGUCCAACAAUUCACCCGAUUACCUGAGUCCAAACGAUAAGAUUGAACUUGGUUUGAGCAUCAAAGACAUUUCAUCUGCUGCAAAUUCAUUGGCUGUCUCUGUUUAUUCCGUCACCGAUGCAUGCAGUUCCUAUACUUCAUUAACUGUUAAAGAUCCCAAAACAACUGUUGCUGUUAAAUCAGAGGACCUCAAAAAUUUGAUUGACGUAAAAUGUCUCUGGAUCAUCGAGUCUGACGACCCAAAAAAUUGGCUCAACAUUAAUUUUGAUUCGAAAGAGCCAAUUGACGUGAAAGCUGGCAAUUCCUUCGUGGUUCGCAAAGGUAACAGGAAAUCAUCACCUGUUAUGUUUGUAAUUUCAUCAACAAACUUUGCUGAUAUAAAGACGAACAUCUACAAUUCAAUUUUUGACUCAUCCUCGCUUUACAUCACAUAUGAGGCCUUUGAAACAAACGGAGAACAUCCCCAUUUUGAUGUUUUACGACCUGUUGUCAACAAUUACAUUGUUGGUGGGCAGAAACUAGAUUUCAGUACUCCUAACAUGCCAACAAAAUUUUUAUUCAAAGCAAACGCAAAUUUGAAUGCUGUUUUAUCUGCUGCUCCUGGACAAAAAUUCGCAAACACCACCUACAUUUAUGAUUCACCUAUAACGAGCUCCGACAAGUUGCUUGCUGUUUUCAAAGCAGAUGAUGUUUGCCCUGAUAGCCUCUGGUCAAAUUCUGACCUUUUAGUUCUAGAUUUCAAGGAACUUCCAGGUAAAAUGAUUAUUGAGCUGAAAUCACUAUCUGCAAACCUUGGAUCCACUGCUCGACAAAGCAAAGGCAAUCUUGUACUUUUUAGCAAUCAACUUGAUUGCAAGAGUGCAUACAAUUGGAUCAUUCCUCCAAAACCCACCGACUCAAACCAGGAUUAUCAGAUUGUCAAAUCUUUGGUGAUUUCUAAUUUGGCUCUCGAAAAAGGUGGUUCAAUGUCUAUUAAAUCUUAUGCAUAUGGAGGAACACAUGAGUUCACGAUUACGGGAGAAAAUGCCAUGAGCCUGCCAACAUUCUACCUGGAUUCAAAUAUUUCCCAUAGUAUUAUUUAUCAAAGAGCUGAUGUAUGUGACAAGAAUUCCAUAACAUUGAUCCAAGCAUCUAUUGACACUAUUUCAUAUGAUGCCUGUGCAAAUAUUGAAGUCACUGCAAAGCAAAAUUUCGUUUCUUGUGAUUAUCCAAACAACUAUCCUUUGACAGAAUGGACGAUGACCAAAAAUUGUAGACAUAUGAACUCGACUUCAUCAAAUAUCUACAUUAGCUUCAACGAUGUAGACCUCGUCGAUAAUCAUAGUUUAGAAUUUCUUGGAUCAACAGGGACCGUGAAUCUCACCAAAUCAAACAUUCCUGGUGACACAAUUGUUUCCAACAAAGUUGCUAUUAACUUCAAUAGAGUUUUCAACAGUGAUGCGAAAACAGUAAGAACUCUUGGGGAAAGAUUAAGUGGCCGAGGAUUCAAUGCUACUCUUGAACCAAUUCAAUGUGGAGGUGUUUCUAUGAACAAAUCUGGCCUAUUGAGCAUAAAUGGAACUGAUAAACCAGAAAAAUGCAUUUUGAUUAUUCAAACACCAAUUGAAGACACCAAAACUAUCAACUUUCUCAACUUCACCCUCAGUGAUGGUCUAAAAGAUGCCAAAGUUUAUGAUUCCAAUAGCCGAAAAGAUGCUCGCACUCUUAAUAUAACUGGAGCUGGUUAUUACAACUCAAGCACUGAAACAAUUAUAGUGGAAUUUACUACCAGUUCUAAUCCUGUUCAGAUUAACUGGUCUACUUUGGUUUGUUCUGAUCGCUGCAUCGGUGUUAGAAGAUGUAUUAAUCCAUCAGAAAGAUGUAAUAAUGUUAACGACUGCGGAGAUUGGUCUGAUGAAUUACACUGUAAUGGUACUGCACCAGUACCUUCAGAACCUAAAAUUGUAAAAUCAGGAGUUCCUGGUCUUGUUGUCGUUUUCGUGAUAAUACCAUUGUCCAUUAUUUUUGGAAUCUUAGCUACCUUCAUGGCACCUAGAAUUAUGGCUCGUAUUCGUGGUGGUCAAUACCAAGAAUUCAGAGAGUAUUCUGACGUUUCAUAGCAAACAUUCAGACAAAAUCGUUGAUAAUAGCAUUUGAAAAUGAUUCAAGAUACUUCAAGAAGAGAAAAUCUUUAUUCCUUCCCAGUUCAUUGCUCUUGCUUCUCAAUUUGAAUAAUAAAAUUAAUCUACUUUAACAGUAAAA